GGCCGGGCCAGGCCCUCGCUCCGCCACGGCGGGUGUUCUCCGCACGCCGCCGGGAUGGGGGUAUGGCUGUUGGUGCCGCUCGGGUGUUUCGCGCUGCUCUUACCGCCGCCCGGCGCCGCCGAGUUCAGCCCGUCCCUGGACAGCGACUUCACCUUCACGCUGCCCGCCGGCCGCAAGGAGUGCUUCUACCAGCCCAUGCGCAAGGAGGCCUCGCUGGAGCUCGAGUAUCAGGUUCUAGAUGGAGCAGGAUUAGAUGUUGAUUUUCACUUACUGUCUCCAAAGGGUGAAACUCUAGUUUUUGAUGAAAGAAAAUCAGAUGGAGUUCACACGGUGGAAACAGAAGAUGGGGAUUAUAUGUUCUGCUUUGACAACACAUUCAGUACCAUUUCUGAAAAGGUGAUUUUCUUUGAACUGAUCCUGGACAACAUGGGAGAAGACGGAGAAGAUCAGGAAGACUGGAAGAAGGAUGUCACAGGCACAGAUCUCCUAGAUAUGAAAUUGGAAGACAUUCUGGAAUCCAUCAACAGUGUCAAAGCCAGAUUAAGCAAAAGUGUCCAGAUUCAGACCCUGCUCAGAGCAUUUGAGGCUCGGGACCGGAAUAUACAAGAAAGCAACUUUGACAGAGUGAAUUUCUGGUCCAUGGUCAACUUGGGUGUAAUGGUGGUGGUAUCAGCUGUUCAGGUUUACAUGCUGAAAAGUCUCUUUGAAGACAAAAGGAAAAGUAGAACUUAAUAUUCAUUAUGAUCAUAACAAUGUAACA